UGUAUCCAUACAUCGCGUCAAGCUAGUACAAAAUAGAUACGUUAUAUGUGUUCAAAUAGAUAAUAGCGUGUAUGCUAUUUAGAUUUAACGUCGAAAAUUAAUUUUAAAAGAUUGGAAGAUGUUUUCGAUCGUUUAUUAUGCUACUUGUUUAUGAACUAGAUAGCGCGCACUGUGACUACUUGGUGGCGUGAUGCGGCACGUUUUCCCGCCAUUCGAUCACGUAGUCUAGCUGUUUAGCGUGUAUGGUGUAGGGAGUUUUCUGCCAUUGUGGGAGACGAAAAGUACAACGCCCGAAAAUGGGCCUCUCGGAGGAUGGAGAUAUGAAUAUUGAGGAUAGAUUCAACGAUCUAUGCCUCGAGUUGAACAUGGACAAGGCAACAAGAGACGAAGCGUGGCUUUCGUAUCAAAAUAUCAGCCAGAAUUUCACGUUGGAGGGUGAUACGCUGCACUGGCUUGCCUGCGCCCUGUACGUCGCAUGCAGGAAGAUAGUCGUACCAACUGUUGGCAGUGGUGUACAAGAGGGAAAUGGUGUUUCUCUCACACAACUGCUGAGACGUGCAAAACUCAGUCUCACGCAGUUUUUCAACAAGAUGAAGAAGUGGGCGGACAUGGCGAAUCUGCCGCAGCGAUUCUGCAAAAAGGUCGAUCGACUGGAGCGUGUUUAUGCCGUUUCCAUGGUGAUCUUCAAGAAGUUUCAUCCGAUCUUCCUGGACAUUUUCAAGGAUCCGGCCGACGACGCGCCGAGGGCUCCGAAAUCACGCAAGCAGAGAAAGCCACCCUGUAAUUCAUCUGAGCUUUUCAAAUUCUGCUGGACAUUGUUUGUGCAAGUCAAAGGGAGUUUUCCGGCGAUUAGCGACGACCUCGUUAACUCCUAUCACCUGCUGCUCUGCUGCAUCGAUCUUUGCUAUAGCAACGCACUGCUGGCGGGCCGCAAGGACAUCCUCAACCCGAAUUUCGCAGAGCUGCCGGAUGGCUUCCCUUGCCGUGACUACCGUCCUCCGCAGGAGCCGCCGUGCAUCAUCCAGCAUCUGUGCGAGCAUCACGAGGGCAUAGCCACGGAGGCGAAGGGGAUCAAGGAGCACUGGUGGAAGCCGGACAUCAGAAAGCUGUUCGACAGGCGGGUAUUGAAAGGAAGAUCGGAAACCUUGUCUGGACUAAUCGAUCAACAAAACUUUGAGAGCAAUCUGAAGAUGGUAACAAAGCUUUACGAGGAGUACGUGCUCAGCGUCGGAGACUUCGACGAGUGCGUCUUCCUGUGCGCGGACGCGAGCGCCGAGAUCGGCACGCCGGCGAAGCCAGCAGAGGGCGCCGGUGCGUUCGCACAGCAGAUGACGGUGAAGCGCAACACCCUCUACCAGCAUGCCGAUCCGACGCGCACGCUGGCGCCGGCGACCCCUCUCACGGGUCGCUGUUACCUGAAGGGCAGGGACCCCGUCAACAUCACUCCCGUCUCCACGGCGACACAGAGCGUGAGUCGUCUGCAGGGCCUGCUCACGGGAUGCAAGACCGUUCCGAGUGAGAUGCUGACCAGGAUUCUAGAGUCUUGCAGUGUCAACCCUCAGGAAACGAUACAGAAGCGAGUGGCAGAGAUGGGAGAAGUAUUCUACACUAAAUAUGCACAGCCUUCGGAGGACCACCCCGGAUCUCACGUAGACUUCGCGAAGAGUAGGCUACAAUUGGGGGAGAGUCUUUACUUUAAAACCUUAGAGAAUAUCAUGCUGAUGGAAAAGAGGCGGCUGCCUUCCAACGCCGACUUCACGGGCCUGCUGGACCAGGACGUGUUCCACCGGUCGCUGUUUGCCGUCUGCCUCGAGAUUGUUAUCUUCUCGUACAACUCGCAGCGCACGUUCCCAUGGAUCGUCGAGGCCUUCGACCUGUCGCCCUACUACCUGUACAAGGUCAUCGAGGUGCUCAUCAAGUCCGAGGACGCGCUCUCGCGAGACGUCGUCAAGCACCUGAACUCCGUGUGUGGCCAUGACAAGCCAUUCCAGGAAGUGAUGAGGUGUUACCGGCUACAGCCACAGGCUCAGAGCCACGUCUAUCGUAGCGUGCUGCUGCGGAACAGGAGGUCCGGCCACGCCACGAACGAAUCCAGCGCUUCCUCCUCCCCAGUCUCCACGGAAGAGGUGGACAAACACGAAGGUGACUGCGGUCCGUACGUCGUCGUGCCGAUCUCACUCGCGUCGGCGAUGUCUUCCUCCGGCAAGCCACAGAGUCCAACGAAAGCCCCGCUUCCACCGCCGCCGCCGGUGAACCGACCGAAGGUGGGAGGUUCCCUUGCGCUGUUCUUCCGCAAGGUGUACUACCUGGCCAGCGUGCGUCUGCGGGACCUGUGCGAGAAGCUGGAGCUGGCCGAGGACCUGCGCAUGAAGUCGUGGACGUGUCUCGAGUACGCGCUCACGCAGUACGUAGAGCUGAUGCGAGAUCGCCACCUAGACCAGAUCGUCAUGUGCUGCGUUUACGUCAUGGCCAAGGUGCGUGCGUCGUUAGCGCUGUCGUUUGGGUGUCGUACGGAGCGGCUCACGCACACGCGUUCCUCGAGCACGCUGCCCGUGCCGCGGCCCAGCAGCCACCCGCCGACUCCCACCCAGCUCGCUGGAACCUGCAGCAGCUUCGAGAGCGAAGACCGAGGCGACCUCAUCAAGUUCUACAACUCGGUGUUCGUCGAGAAGGUGACGUCGUUCGCGCUUCGCUUCUCCGGCCAGCACGAGAACGGCAGCCGCUCGCCGGCGAUAUCGCCGCUGCCAACGUCGCGCGCCGCCGCGCACUCGCCGCGCCGCCGCGUCUCCCUCCUGCACUCCGUCUACAUCUCGCCGCUCAAGUCGCGUUCAGGGGGCGCCGCAGGGACGCCAAUCAACUCGCCGACGAAGCCGAUGCUGUACAGCUUUAGCCUGAGUCCGGCGAAGGACCUGCGAGCGAUCAACCACAUGAUCAAGCAGGAGCAGGCGCGCAAGGUCUUCUCCAGCUCCGCCGGGAAGCGUCUCCGCCUCGACGACGAUGGCGCCGACGGUGGCCCCACCAAGCGGCUCUGCGUCGGCGGAAACCCGAUCGGCAACGGCUUCGCGCGCCGCCUGCAGGGCGUCGUCGCCGACCAGCAGGUGGCGAUAGCGGCGACGCCGCCGUGACCUUGCGGAGGUCGCAGCAACGACCGGCGGGUUUAGGACGACUCCGGGUCUACGGUGCUGUGCGUACGCGAUUCAUGUAGGGGAGCGUGCGAGUGGUUUUUUUAAAGGCGCGUCGGCCGCGACGAUUUGGACGGUUUUUAGGCUGAUCUCUCCACUCGUCGCGUUGCCGUGGGGACAGGCGAGUGCGUAUGGCCGCUUUCCGGUCUUAAAUCUCGUCUUUGAAGACUCUUCAUAAAGAAUUAUUAAUAAUACUUUUAUAAAGAAUUAUUAGUAAGAAAGUCUCGUCGGUCUGUCGGUCGGUCGGUCGGUCGAGCGUUGUUGGUUCCGUGUUUUUUGUACGAGCGCGGCUCGCGAAUCGGUCGCCAGAUUCUUGCUAUCCGCGAGGACGAGGGGUUCCCUUCUUAGAUUUCGACCCGCGGCGUCUUUUAACUGGUUGCACUUCUCCUGGUGGACUUUGAAGGUCGCUGUUCUGACAGCUGUUGCCAGGGCAACGCCGUGUGUGCGAGGGAGAUGAUUGGCUGUUGAUUCAAGAAGCCUGGAGCCCAUUAUCGGAAGCAAAAUUGGUGUUGACGUUAUUCUCACCGUUGACUUUUUCUCGGAGACCGGACUUCUAUGCACAGCAUAUGGGAAACUCAUAUCGUGUUCUGUCAACGGUCUCCGAUGUUAAGACGAAUAUUGUUUCUGUCAACGCAUGCCAGUUCCUUUAUGAAUCUUGUGAGCGUCUUCGCACAGUGGCAAAUGUGGGUGCUGUUCGAGUGACAUUGCUUUUACACGGAAAUCAGUUUCCAACCCCCAACUAUUUUACGGAGAGCAAGCGGCGCGUUUUAUUUUAUUUUUUCGUCUGAUAUUAGCGCCGUUUUGUUUAAGGCAUCGCCGGACGUUUUGAGGCUUUUUUAACGAGAACUGUUUUUGUUCGCCAGCUUGCUGUUGUUCCGCCCUGGUUUUAUUUCGGGGUCGUGACGACGCCAAUGCCUGUCAUACUCGUUUUAAGUCCAGUCUUCGAUUUUGGUUUCGGUCACAUCCCUGACUGUCUUCUGAUCAAAUAGAAGACAAAACAAUCGAUCGUUCGGCAAAAACUGCCCUUGCCCUUCUGUUGCCCAUUGGAUUUUUGUUUAGCGUGCACGACAGUGUCGUCUUUUGGUACGUGGCGAAGCAAGUAUCGUCUUUAUUGUUAUUAGAGUCAAUUGUUUGUUUUAGAGUCAGUGGUUUUUUUAGCUGUGGUACUACAGUACUUCUUGGUUUCUUCAGUUGCGGGCCGUUUGUCAUCCGUGGAAAUUCGCCCUUCCUGCCGAGGGAAUUUUCUUGAUUGUUUGCACAGAACUGCAUGCGCGCGGGUAAAACUGCUUGCUGUUGCAUUUUUCCUCGAUUAUCGCAAUUAACUUGGCAGAGGAGCUGUCUGCAGCUAUUGCUGUUACGCAGUCCGUUUGCAACGGUCGGUAAAAUCGAAUGCAUGUGUUAUUGAGGAAGGAUACCUUUUUCCCUCCUAUUGACUUCGCCGGAGACUUUUGUGACUUGCGAUACGUGAAGUAACGAUAGCGCAACAGGUGGUAUUUUAUUCCUCAGCGUGCCCUGGAUCGUGGA